CCGGGGGCCUCUUUGUUUGUCACAUACCCGCUUUUAUUGACUGCUACUUCUGUGCAACCUCAAAGUAUCAUAAUCUCAAGCUCUCUCUUCCAUCACUUUCUUGAAAACUUGCAAAAUAAAAUUUCUUCAAUUCCAAAGCUAUUCUUUCUCUCUCAAAUGGCAGCCUUUUCAUACCAACAGCACCACCCUUUUCAUCUUGACUCAGUUUUCUUGCCUAGCGCUAGCGCCAUUAAGAAUCUGUCUGGCUUUUUGGAGAAAGGGAACAGUAUCAUCAAUACCAACUAUUUUUCUCAAUUUUAUCCUCCUCUCGAAACAACUCCUGAUCUUGAUGUUAGAUUUCAUGAGACUAGCCCUCCUAUUGAUCACAGCUCUAUGGUCGCUGCUCUCAGUGACAAUGAGCCUUCUUCUGUAACCAAGAAACAGAGCACUGAUUCCUCUACUGUGGUGGAUAAGUUUGAAAGUGGUGAACAAGUUACCCAAAAGUUGGCUCCCAUGGACAAGAAGAGAAAGUCAUCUUUCAAUUCUGCCCAAUCAAAGGAUGCUAGAGAUGGAAGAGGCAAGAAGCAAAAGAAAUGCAAUAAUGAAGUCAAAGAAGAUAAGAAGCCUAAAGCUGAAAAAAAAGAUCAAAAGAAAGUUCCUGAUCAAGAGCCACCAACAGGCUACAUUCAUGUAAGAGCAAGGAGGGGCCAAGCCACGGACAGCCACAGCCUUGCAGAGAGGGUAAGAAGAGAGAAAAUAAGUGAAAGGAUGAAGAUAUUGCAACGUCUUGUUCCUGGGUGUGACAAGGUAACUGGGAAGGCCCUCAUGUUGGAUGAAAUUAUCAAUUAUGUUCAGUCCCUACAGAAUCAAGUAGAGUUCCUCUCCAUGAAGCUUGCUUCUGUUAAUCCUUUGUUCUACGACUUUGGAAUGGAUUUUGAUGCAUUGAUGGUCAGACCAGAGGGAUUAAAUAGCUUAGCUUCAUCACUGCCACUUAUGCAACAAUGCCCCCCAACCACAGCUUUCGCUGAUUCAACCGCCACCGCCACCACAACCACCGCAGCCACCAGCACUUUUGUCACAGCAAAUAACUAUUCUCUCAUGGAUGCAUCAGCUCCAUUUUUACUUCCAGGGCAAAGGCCUAGUGACUUCAUACAGGAUGCUACUGGUAGUUCAUUGUGGGACGUAGAUGAACAAAGACAAAAGUUUCUUAAUCCAUCUGGGUUCACCAACAACUUGUGCUCUUCUUUCCACUAAAAUUAACACCAUAGCUGCCCUACAAAAACAUCUGCUUGCAAUGGGAUGUCAAAGCCAGACAAAACCAGAAAGAGAAAAGAAACAGAAAAACAUAGAAAAUCAAUUAAAACGAAGCUUCUUUGGUUUUAACAUAAGUUCCAAUGAAGAAGGCUUCUUGAAAAGUAUUGGCAUCUUAAAAAUGAAUAAAAGGGGCAGCGUAGGAUGCAGCAAAAUCAGUGGAUGAAGAAGAUAACGAAGAAAAAAGGACAUUAUAUACAACCGACCAAAUAAGACCAGAUCUUUCAAUAGAUCCCUUGUUCCUGUCCAUUUUGACCACUUCUAUCUCUAAGUCAUCCAUAAUGCACAAAUACCAAGAUCCUCAUUUCUCAUGAAUGCAUGCCUUAGGCCUAAUUGUUACAAUGUAGAGAGAGCACAGUGUCUUCAAUUAUCCGCUUAUGUAAUUGAAUUGUUAUGGCUUACAGUUAUUCUGUUAUUACAGUUAAUAUUACUGUUGCCUCCCACCUCUUUUAGUUAGUUAGAGAGAGAGAGAGAGAGAGAGAGAGAGAGAGAGAGAAAUAGGUAAUGGAGAAAGCUAAGCCUUGAUGCUCUAUCUGUAAUUGACAUGACUAGUUAUAUAUGCAUUUGUUUUUGGGUA